UUAUCGAAUUGUUAAAACGGUAAAAAUACUGCCCAAUCAAAUUUCUAGCAUACAAAAUUAGUCAGUAGGUGAAAUAUAUAUAUAUAUAAGGAGCGCGAUGAGUGGCGCUGACAAGCGAUGGAAGCGCCUAGCGCAGGAGCGGAGGAGCAGAGGCAGCCAGGGGUUCGAAGAACUGGACACGUGGACACCGCCCAAGCCCAGCGAGGUGAUGCGGCGGCAGAACUGCAAGACGGCCAAUUUCCAAAAGGGCGAAACGUAUCCGAGCAUCCGUCCGCCGAAGUCGAGGUGCAGCCGGGCCCAGACCAUCGCCUGGCUGGCAGACUCGAUCGAGGCUGAUGGCUGCGAACGGCGCCAUGACAUGAGCAACGACGAUAUCCUCAAAAUGUGGCACCAGAGCCCCCACAAGAACACUUUGGGCUACUACGGCGUGGAGUCGCGCGAGCCGCAGCCGGAGGCGGCGCUCUUCAAUCGGCAGGUGAGGAAGAGCCUCGCCAUGGCCAACAGCCGCGAGCGGCGCAGGAAACAGUUGGGGGGAGUUCAGGGACCAAGGACGCUGCCGAGCGUUGGCACGCCAAAGACUGCGUCAUCGGCAGCGGCCUGCCGGCCGUUCGUGCUCAAUCGCGAGGCCAUCAGAACGGAGAUUGAGAAGAUGCCGACCGUGAAGCGGAAGCUGUCGCCUAACCACGCCAUCACGACGGUGUACUGCAACAAGCCGCCGGAUCCCGGCGAUCCAUUUGGCGUCAGCCAGGAGCAGCAGCAGCAGCAGCCCGAAGUGGCCAAGGAGCAAGCGCCGCAAAGGAAGAAGCGCGCCCCGCGGCGCCGCAACUUUCCGUACUGCGGCUGGGCGAUCAAUCAGCCGCAGAGUGAGUGCACGGAGUACGAGCGGCAGAAGAACAAGCACGACAAACAAUUAAACGAAGCCUGCGACGAGGCCUUCCAACGGGAGCAGGAGCCCGAGCCGCGGAACUACGACGAGCUGUUCUCCCGCCUGGUCACCUGCUUCGAGACCCUUCCGCUGGAGGACCCCCUGUGCAAGGACUACGCCGAGUGCUGCCUUCCGAAAAGACGCGAGGACGAUGCUCCCGGGGCACCUGGUGCCACUGAUGACCAGGGCGAUGGCGGGGCCCCACAGCCGGGAGAUAGAUAUAGGCCAGGAGACAAGCCCAAAGGUGGCCACAGGCCCGGAUAUGGUGAUAGGCCGCCAGGAGAUGCAGGCAAGCCGGAAGAUGGAGAAAAAACCGGAGAUGGUGACAAGCCCGGAAGAACGCCCUGGGAUGGCGGCAAAAAAAGGGACGGAGGAGGGCCAGGAGACGGAGGAAAGCCAGGAGAUGGCGGAGGAAAGCCAGGAGAUGGCGGAGGAAAGCCUGGAGAUGGGGGAGGAAAGCCUGGUGAUGGCGGAGGAAAGCCUGGAGAUGGGGGAGGAAAGCCCGGUGGUGGCGGAGGAAAGCCAGGAGAUGGGGGAGGAAAGCCCGGUGGUGGCGGAGGAAAGCCAGGAGAUGGGGGAGGAAAGCCCGGUGGUGGCGGAGGAAAGCCAGGAGAUGGGGGAGGAAAGCCCGGUGGUGGCCCUGGUCCAGGCGGUAAGCCGGGCGUAGGCUUUGGGGACAAGGGAAAGUGCGACCCGAACGAUCCAAAUUGUGUGCCCGAGUGUGACCCCAACGAUCCGAAUUGUGGCAAGAAGCCAAAGAAACCCAAGUGCGACCCCAACGAUCCGAAAUGUGCGGAAGAGUGCGACCCCAACGAUCCAGAGUGUGUCCCAAAAAAGAAGGGCAAGAAGGAGAAGCACCCAAAGGGAAAGCUCGUCCCAGAAAGGCCCUCGGAAGAACCCGAGAAGCCAACGAAACCGCCCAAACGGCCCACGGAGGCAGACCCAGAGCCUGCGCCGGAGGAGGAAACCGGAUCAGUAUCCGAUAUGCCGAAAAAACCAGACGAGAAAAAGGAGAAGGAAAAAGAUACAAGGCCACCGGAGGAUCCGGAUGCGCCCAAGAAACCGGAGAAGGAAAAACCCGUCAAGCGACCGAAGGAACCGAUCGAGAAACUACCCAAGCGACCCAUGGAGAAGGAGCCGGACCCCAAGCCAAAGCCAAAGCUGGAGCCAGAGUGUGAUCCAAAUGAUCCAGAUUGUGGGCACAAGAAACCAGAGUGUGACCCCAACGAUCCAACGUGUGUGCCAGUGUGUGACCCAAACGAUCCGAACUGUGACCCAAAGCGGCCAGUGUGUCCCCCCAACGAUCCGUUGUGCAGCGUGUUCGAAGAUCCUGGCUACCCAGGAGAGGUGCCACCCCUUGCGCCAGGCGCAGAAGAACCACCAGGGCCGCCGGACAGCCAACAGCCGGGCAUGGAGGAUCAUGGACCGCCCGGCGGGGAUGGCGAUGAGGGUGGAGGGCCACCCGAGCCGCCGCAGGAAGAGGGUAAGCCGGAGAAGGAAAAGUGCCCGCCGUGUCCCUGCGAAAUGUGCGAAUUCCUGCGGCGCCACAAGCAACCUGACACCCCGAUGAUGCGCAAAUUGAAGCGCCAGGACAAGCUGCGCCAGCUGCGCGAAUACUACAAGCGGAUGUGCCACCGCCAGUAUAUGGAGUGCCGCGCGCCCGAGUACCGUGCCCCACAGCACCGCUGCGAUCCGAUUGUGAGCGACAACGCCUUCUGUCGCAAUCCGCAGUUUGGGGAGUACUGCGAGUGCCUCAAGGCAAUGCAGGACCUGCAGCAGCUGCUUGGCAAGAAGCACAAAAUCGUCGGCAACCAGCUGCUGUUCGACCUGGAGGACCUGAAGAGUCGCCUCUGCAAGCGCAUGUGUGACUGUAUCUAGACUUGCAUGCAUGCAAGUGUGUCCCAUGAUAAUGUCUAACAUCUAUAGUAAAUCGUAGCAGAGUGUGCCAAGUGUACUCGAAAUGCAUCAUGUUUGGAAUACGCAUCUGCGGAUUAUUAUUAUUAUUUUGCAUUAUGUGUUUUGUUAGGAGCAAUAAUUGUACCAUCGUGUAGACACCCAGCCGAAGCUUGUCGAGGCUAAAAAGUAUUUUAAAAAACUAUCGAGGUGGUUUUCCUACAUUUAGGCAAAUAAAUAAUAAGUAAAAUAAAUAAAU